AACCAGUCUGAGCAGCAGUUCUAUCAGAGAGCUCUAUUGGCUGUCCCGACUGCCGAGGCUGGCCGGCAGUGGCGACAGGGAAGCACCGGAGCGGACGGACGGACCUUUAGAGGAGGAAACACCGGGAGAAACAGCCGCUACUGGGGCGGAACUAAAGGAUUAUAAGCGGUCUGAUUCUCGGUUCGGGUUGUUUGUUCUCCAGACGGAUCGAAACGUCUCUAACGGGCGAUGUUAGCCGGAAGUGCUGGAGAGUCGGAGCAGUGAUGUGGUGACGCCACCCGACGGGAAGCUAACGUUAGCCGUUAGCCGCUAUAACUUUAUAGAUUAAUCAUUUUUAAAGACCUAUUUCAGGAUUUUUUAAAAACGUUUCGAUAAUGUAAGAUACAUAGCUAUGAGAUAGUGUGUCUACUUUUAUAUGGAGUGUCCUUUAACGUUGUUUUAGCUUCAGUUAUAUGAAACUAGCCACCGUUAGCUACCUAGCAGGCUAGCAGCUAACGAGGCUAACCGUCGACUUUACAUUGACUUCAAGCCAAAGAAGCUACACUGAGCUAACAGGCUAGCUCUGUCUCCACGUCAGCCAGCUGGAUCAUCACAUGUCGACCUGUUGCGAAAUGUUAUUAUCUGCAAGUUGAACUUUAUUUUCUCGAGGAUGGACGUUUGUGUUGUGAAAAGCAAAGAUAAAUAAGACACUUUACUUCUAAAUCUAGAUAUGCAAUCAAUCAUCGAACCACCAGCUGACUCAAUGCUAGCAUGCUAGCGGUGGGUGCAUACUGCCCUCCUGCUCUCUGAUGUGGGUUUCUCUUUGAGGCCUUUUAGGAAAGUAUUUUCCUUUUUUCUUCUUCACCUAUUUCCACCAGCCUUAAUGCAUCCCAUCAUCUGAGUGGAUUUAUAUCUUCUGAAUGGAUAUUUGGUGAAGUCUGACCAGGUUGAGAUCAAACUGUUGGAGGACCUGGACUUUGUUGACAUCAUAAAAUAACUUGGAUUAUAAAAAAAACAGCUGGAAUAACGAUAUUCUGCAAAGCCUUAAUGCAUCCCAUCAUCUGAGUGGAUUUAUAUCUUCUGAAUGGAUAUUUGGUGAAGUCUGACAAGGUUGAGAUACAUACUGUUGGAGGACCUGGACUUUGUUGACGUUUUUUGUCUGGAUCAUAAAAUAACUUGGAUUAUAAAAAACAGCUGGAAUAACGAUAUUCUGCAAAGAUGAUGUGCGAGGUGAUGCCCACCAUCAGUGAGGCCGAGGGGCCUGGCGGGGGAGGCGGCAGUGGUCGUCGGGGCUCUGGCUCCCCGCUGCAGUCGGACUCAGAAGGUCACUUUGAGUCGCUGAUGGUGUCCAUGCUGGAGGAGAGGGAUCGUCUUCUUGAGACUCUGAGAGAGACGCAGGAGAAUCUGGGAUUGACUCAGGGCAAACUGCACGAAGUUAGCCAUGAAAGGGACUCACUGCAGCGACAACUUAACACUGCUUUGCCACAGGAGUUUGCUGCACUAACAAAGGAGGUGAACGUGUGCCGGGAGCAGCUUCUGGAGAAGGAGGAGGAGAUUGCAGAGCUGAAGGCGGAGAGAAACAACACACGGCUCCUGUUGGAGCACUUGGAGUGCCUGGUGUCUCGCCACGAGCGUAGUCUGAGGAUGACGGUGGUGAAGAGACAGGCUCAGUCUCCAGCAGGAGUCUCGAGUGAAGUGGAGGUCCUCAAAGCCCUUAAGUCACUUUUCGAACACCACAAAGCCCUCGAUGAGAAGGUAAGGGAGCGACUACGCGUUGCCUUGGAAAGAUGCAGCGCGUUGGAGGAACAGCUCACCAUCUCGCACAAAGAAUUGGCUUACCUCAGGGAGCAGAGCAGCCAGAAGAGAGGGCUGGCAGAUGGAACCAGCGAGGUCAACCACAACUCUGAAAACACACCAAGCACUAAUGGCAAGCGGUCAUCGGAUGGUUCGCUGAGUCAGGAGGAGGAGCUGGGACAUGGUUUUGGGAAGGUCAGUGAGCUCCAGGAUGUGGUGGACCGUCAGACAUCUGAUCUGGGCCAGAUGAAGGAGCGCAUGGCUGCUAUGGUCUCACGCAUCAAUGAGCUGGAGGAGGACCUGGACACGGCCCGAAAGGACCUCAUCAAGUCCGAAGACAUGAACACGCGGCUACAGAGAGACCUGAGAGAGUCAAUGGCUCAGAAGGAAGACAUGGAGGAGAGGAUCACCACCCUGGAGAAGCGCUACCUGGCAGCUCAGCGGGAGGCUACCUCCGUCCACGACCUCAACGACAAGCUGGAGAAUGAAGUGGCCAACAAGGAUUCCCUCUACAGACAGACUGAGGACCGAAGCCGGCAACUCCAAGAGAAGCUGGAGCUGGCUGAGCAGAAGCUGCAGCAGACCAUCCGCAAGGCAGAGACUCUGCCUGAGGUGGAAGCAGAGCUAGCUCAGAGGGUAGCUGCUCUCACAAAGUGUGUUCUGUGUGGCUCUAAAGGCGCUAAGACUCAGAAGAAGGCAGAGGAACGCCACGGCAAUGUGGAGGAGAGACUGAGGCAGCUGGAGGCCCAGCUGGAGGAGAAGAACCAGGAACUGCUCAGGGCACGGCAACGAGAAAAGAUGAACGAGGAGCACAACAAGCGUCUAUCUGAGACAGUCGACAAGCUCCUUUCAGAGUCCAACGAGAGACUGCAGCUUCACCUCAAAGAGAGGAUGUCUGCUCUGGAGGAUAAGAAUGCCCUGAUAAGAGAACUGGAGCACACCAAGAAGUUGAUUGAGGAGUCUCACCAUGAGAAGGAGCAGCUCCUGAUCCAGAUCGAGACCAUGAGGGCAGAGAACGAGCAGGGUAGGAGCAGGAGCAACUCCUUACUACAUGGACGGUCUCAGCUGGGCAGCACUCCAGAUUUCAGGUAUCCAGUGUCGGCUUCCUCAAUGAUGGACAGUAACUCGGACCAUUACGGCAGCGCUCUUGUGCUGAGACGGCCUCAAAAGGGACGGAUGGCGGCGCUCCUGGACGAGCCGUCCAAGCGACAUGUGCAGACUUUGAAUGAGCAGGAGUGGGAGCGCAUGCAGCAGGCCAACGUGCUGGCAAAUGUGGCCCAGGCCUUUGAGAGUGACAUGGACGCCUCAGACCUGGAGGAGGAUCGAGAGACGAUAUUCAGCUCGGUGGACCUGCUGUCCCCUGGUGGCCAGGCUGACGCACAGACCCUCGCCUUAAUGCUGCAGGAGCAGCUGGACGCUAUCAACAACGAAAUUAGGAUGAUCCAGGAGGAGAAGGAGAGCACAGCCAUCCGGGCAGAGGAGAUUGAGUGCAGGGUGGGCAGCGGCGAUAGCCUGGGAGGACGUUUCCGCUCCAUGAGCUCCAUCCCCCCGUCACUGUGUGCGGGCUCAUCGUUGGGCGGCUCUCCCCCAAGCUCUGGUCACUCCACCCCCAGACGCAUUCCCCGCAGCCCCAACAGAGAACUGGACCGCAUGGGUGUCAUGACCUUGCCUAGUGACCUGCGCAAGCACCGCAGGAAGUCUGCUCAGGAUGACAAAGCCACUAUCCGAUGUGAGACAUCACCCCCGACCACUCCGCGCUCCAUGCGCCUAAACCGGGAGGCAGGGCUCACUGCCAGCCAUGAGGACAUCAGAGACAUUCGAGGUCUGGCUGGCCUGCAGGACGGCCAGGGUAGUGACCCCAGCAGUAGUAACAGCAGCCAGGACUCCCUCAACAAAGCAGCCAAGAAGAAGAGUAUCAAGUCUUCCAUCGGACGCCUCUUUGGGAAGAAGGAGAAGGGCCGACCCAGCAUUCCCGGCAAGGACUCCCCCAGCCAAGCUGGCACUCCUGAGGCAGAGAGUUCUCCUAAAGAUGGCUUAGGAAUGGGCACCCUGGGAGGCCCUGCAGAGAAGAACAGGAAGCUGCAGAAGAAUCCAAAGACAGGGCAUGAAUUACUGGAGGAGGCUCGCAUGCAGGGCCUGCCGUUCGCCCAGUGGGACGGACCGACUGUUGUGGUUUGGCUGGAGCUGUGGGUGGGCAUGCCUGCCUGGUACGUGGCUGCAUGCCGAGCCAACGUGAAGAGUGGAGCCAUUAUGUCGGCGCUAUCGGACACAGAGAUCCAAAGGGAGAUCGGUAUCAGCAACCCGUUACAUCGUCUGAAGCUUCGCCUGGCAAUCCAGGAAAUCAUGUCUCUCACCAGCCCUUCUGCCCCGCCGACCUCGAGAACGACCACAGGAAACGUUUGGCUCACACAUGAAGAAAUGGAAAGUUUGGCAGCCACACCUCCCACGGAGGAUGACGAGGGUAGCUGGGCCCAGACGCUGGCGUACGGAGACAUGAACCACGAGUGGAUUGGUAACGAGUGGCUGCCCAGCCUGGGUUUACCACAGUACCGCUCCUACUUCAUGGAGUCCCUGGUGGACGCCCGCAUGCUUGACCACCUCACCAAGAAGGACCUGAGGGGACAGCUCAAAAUGGUGGAUAGCUUCCACAGGAACAGUUUUCAGUGUGGAGUGAUGUCUCUGAGGAGGCUCAACUAUGACAGGAAGGAGCUGGAGAGGAGAAGGGAAGAGUCUCAGCUGGAGCUUCAAGAGGUGCUGGUGUGGAGUAAUGAGCGUGUGAUCGGCUGGAUUCAGGCCAUCGGGCUGAAAGAGUACAGUAGCAACCUUUAUGAGAGCGGAGUUCAUGGAGCGCUGCUCGCCCUGGACGAAACCUUCGAUCACAACACCCUGGCCCUGCUGCUGCAGAUCCCCACGCAGAACACACAGGCCAGAGCAACUCUUGAGCGUGAAUACAACAGUCUGCUGACCAUCGGCACAGACAGGAGGAGUGAAGAGGAUGACGAUAAGAACUUCCGCCGAGCUCCCUCAUGGAGAAAGAAGUUCAGGCCCAAAGACAUGAGGGGGAUGCCCUUGGGUGAGUCCGACACCCUGCCCGCCAACUUCCGAGUGACCGGUAGCAACGCGGCGUCUCCCUCCACGCAGCCAAAGAGGAGCCAGAUGGAUGGUAACCGCUGGUCAGAGGAUGAGGGGGAAUUCCCUGCAUUCAAGACCAGGAUGAUGAACUGAAAUGAAAUGACUCGCAAGGACACUAAAAAUAUUUUUUUGUUGUCGUCACAGAGAAAGACCUUACUCACCAAUCUCAGUAUCCCUAGUGGAAACUUUUUAGAUUUAUCUACAUUUGUUUAUUAUAUUUAUGUAAACCAAUGGGACAUUUAAUUGAUUUUAGAAUUACUAUGUAAUCCUUUUUUUUUUGCCUCUAUCCCCUUAAUCAACCCACUUUUUAAAACAUUUCUCCACUGUGCCCGUAUUAAGCUCAGCUCUCAGAUGUAUGUAACUGAAUGUUUCUGGAGUUUGUAUAUUUCUACCAACAGACAUUUUAUCUAAUCUUUUUUAUAAUCCUGAUUCUAUUGACCAGAUGUAUGUUUUUUUUGUUUUUUUUCCUCUUUUUGAUUUCUAAUCAUUGAAUUUACGCUUAAGUGACUUUGAUAUAUGAUAUAACUUAAUUCAUAUCCUUCUGCCCUUUUUAACUGUUGUAAUUUUUGUAGCUUAUUACCUGUGAUCUUGUGUAAAUGCAGCUCUUAGGUCAACGGAUGUGUGAAUAUCAAGACGAAUUGCUGGAGUUGUCAGACUGUUUCACAAAACUGCUCAACACUGUGAGUCAUCCAUCGCCAUUAAAAUAACUGCUGGCAAGCCAGGUGAUGGUGACAACAGAUAUCAUGUGAAACACAGUAUAUUUUCCUUUUAUCUUCUUUAUUUUCCAUAUCUGCAAAACCAAAAUGAAACUCUUGAAUUUAAGAAUUAAAGCCAUAUAACAGUAGCGAAAAAAAAACAACAAAACAAGAGGGCUUCUUUCGGAUGCAAGUGAAAACCGAAUUGGAGGUUCUCUCUAGUUGACCUUGCAUGCGGAAACUUCUCCACUUCUCCCCGCCCUACCACUCCCAGCUCGCCCCUUUAACAAAACCGAACCUCCCUCACCUCUGGAGAAACACACAGACAGGCUCGCUAGUACAGGAGGACUUGAAAUGUACUUAUGAGUCGAACGUGUGGAAACUCCUUCGAUGGACCAACUUCACUGAGGCCUCAGUCGAUCCCCGCUGUGACUAGAUAACCCUCAAAGCGGUGCGAUCCACCCACAAACCUUUUUUUUUUUUUAAAAAAACACUUUGUACGAAGACUUCAUAUCAAGCCUUAUUGUUUCUUAACUCCUCUCUGUCGUCUGUUCUUAUUUAUUAUAUCUCGCCCAUGUUGUGUUUCGUCAGUUUCAGAGCUGAAUCCCCAGUUUGCUUCUGUGAAUGUAGCAACGCUCCUCAUGUCUCACUUUGUCCCGUCUACGCUCCCAACACAGGUUCCGGCCAGUAUGGCAAAUGAGAAGGAACCGAAGAGUUUUCUUUCACCCCUACAUGUAGUUAACGCUUAAAGUAGAAAUGCUUCUUUUUUUUUCUGUUUGUGAUUUAGUCAUUUAUGCACAAUGCAAAUCAUGUUGCUGUUGUUUUAUUCCUGCUCUUCCCAUUGAGUCUUCUGAUCUUGUAACAAUGAUGUACAGUCUGAGUACUUAUAAACUAUUUUUAUCACAAUAUUAUUUAUUGCUUACUUUCAAUAAAAUACUGAAACUCA